CUUUCAAGAUGAGAUGCUGGCCUAUUGCAGAUCGGACGUGGACAUUCUUCGCCGUUGCUGCCUGGAGUUUCGAGCCCAGUUUUUGGAUGUGGCGAAUGUGGAUCCAUUCCAAUACGUGACCAUUGCGUCAGCCUGUAUGGCAACGUAUCGGAGUGGCCACAUUCAACCCGACACGAUUGCCAUGGUGCCUACACACGGCUACAUCAACUCAACGAAUUACAGCCCUGAUUCGAUCCGAUGGUUGGACUUUGUUGCUGCUUCGGAAGGCCUACAGAUUCAACAUGCGUUGAACGGUUCCGGAGAGCACAGAGUCGCCGGAAUCUCGGUAGACGGAUUCUGCCAAGAAACACAAACCGUCUAUCAGUUUCAGGGCUGUUUCUUUCACGGAUGUAGUUCGUGUUACGAUGGUGAUAUCAUACAUCCACUGAAAGGGGUUUCCAUGGCAACGUUAAGAGAAAAGACAGAAGAGACGACAAGAAAGCUUCGCACCCAGGGUUUCCACGUCAUCGAAAUGUGGGAGCAUGAAUUUCAAAGAGAGAAGGAGGAAAAUCCAGAUCUCCAAGCUUUCCUGGAUCAACACCAUCUGAGGGAUCGACUCAAUCCUCGCGAGUCGUUUUUUGGAGGAAGGACCAAUGCCCUCAAAUUGUUCCACGAGGGAGACGCAAAAUAUGUGGAUUUUACCUCACUCUAUCCCUGGGUGAACAAGUAUUGCGUCUACCCUGUGGGACAUCCAACAAUCAUCACGGAAAGCUUUAGAGAUGUGGAAGAUUAUUUUGGAAUUAUCCAAUGCCGAGUGAUUCCUCCACGGAAUCUGUAUCUUCCGGUACUGCCCUAUCGGUGCCGGAAGAAGCUGAUGUUCCCCCUGUGUCGGACUUGCGCCCUUCUUCAACUGCAGACUCCGUGUACCCACACAGACGACGAGCGAGCUCUUGUCGGAACGUGGGUAACGGAGGAAGUCAAACUGGCGAAAAAGAAAGGCUACCGCAUCACACAUAUUUACGAAGUGUACCAUUUCCAGGCAUCGUCUACUUCUCUGUUCAGAUCAUACAUUGAUCUGUUUCUGAAGAUCAAGCAGGAAAGUAGCGGAUGGCCUUCGGAGUGUGUGACGGAAGAAGCCAGACUGAAGUACAUUCGCCAGUAUGAAGAAAGAGAGGGCGUCAAGUUGGAGGCCGAAAAAAUAUCGAAAAACCCUGGGCGUCGACAAGUCGCCAAGUUGGCCCUGAACAGUUUCUGGGGCAGAUGGGGUAUGAACGUGAACAAAGCCCAACUGACCUAUGUCCACACGGUGCCAGACUUCAAUAAGAUGUUGGCGGAUCCUACUAAAAAAUUUUUUCAAACUGUUAACUUAUGA